AGGUCAGCGCUGUACAGUCGCUUGCGGAACUGACGGUAAAGAGUGUGACCCUGUUCAGCAGAAGGGUCUCACCGAACAAGGAAUGAUAGAUGUCAUGAACGAUCUGGGCUUUCCCUGCGUAACCGCUACUACCGGUCCGGCCUCAAACCCCAACCCACGGCAGAGCGGCAACGACCGGGCUCCAUAUGUGUUCGUGGUGGGCAGUGGGCGCGCUUGUCGAAUUUCCGGCAGCGGAAAUUCCAAUUGCGACUUGGGAUUAAAUCCCACUGCGAAUAGGUUGUGCUGCUGCGUGCCAGCGGGGCAGGUGGGGAAUGAUCCCCACGUCCAUACCUUGAAAGGUGCGCACUACACGCUCUUGAAGAGUGGCAACUUCUUGGCAUGGAGUUUUUCCAAGGAUCCAGUGGAUUGGCACCUGUUGGCCGCAUACUCCGGUGCUAGUUCGCGGUUCACCACUCAGUCGCUUUUGCUCCUGGAAAAGCAGAGUGCACAGACUUUGGAGAUGACGGCGCGAGACUGUGUGUGGCAGACGAAAACGGAGAAUGGAUGGCGCAAAGUGCAGCCAGAGUUGCUGCUCCAGGGUGCUGCCAUCUUGGAUGCUUGGCAAAAACCGCAAAAACAAUGUUUCACACAUGCAGACAUGGAACCUUAA